GCCGCGCCCACGAAAAUCAAUCGGUAUACACGCGACACCCACUCACUCUCUCCUCCUCUUCGCCGCUCCCUUCAAUCAACGUCGCCGGUGCUCCGUCCAACGCCGUCGUAUCACCUUGAGACACAAAAUUUCAAUUGCGCCUAAUUUAUGACGGAUCGUGAGAGAUAUUCUUGCUUAUCUGCGUAUUUGGCUAGGAUCAUAGAAGUUGAUAUGCUGUUUGAAGUUUCAAUAUACCACUAUGGUGGGAUGGAAGGAUCAAUGAAGACUUUGAGGGAUUAAAAGUUGAAUGCACAUUUAGCUGGAUACGUGGACUGCUGAAAUUCAUGCAAAUUUUUGGCACAUGACGCUGAGAAGAAGUUGUGAAGAAAUGCUGGUACUUUUGGUUUUCUGUGGGAGUUGACUAACGUGCAAGUAGGAUAACGUGUAUGGAUGCUGAAUUGGUAGGUACCGAAGAGGUGAAUAUGGGCCAUCAUGGGGAGCUGUCAGAUGAUGGGGAUGCUGAUUCUAAUAUAAGUGGUGACGUGGAUGCUUCUGGGCACUUGCUGGUUGAGGAUGGUAUUUUUGCUGAGCCGAAUGUUGGGAUGGAAUUCGAUUCUGAAAAUGCAGCAAAGAUGUUUUACGAAGACUAUGCAAGAACUCUGGGGUUUAAUGCUCGAGUUUCCUCUGACCGUUCAACCUCCAGGGAGUUUCUGUGUUCCAGGAAUGGAUUAAAGAAAAGUGCUGGUGAGAGCUGUGGGGCAAUGCUUAGAGUUGAACAAAGGGGUGAAAACAUAUGGAUUGUGUCAAAAUUUGUGAAAGAUCAUAGCCAUGCAAUUGUUAGUCGUAGUAAGUUGCGGUGCCUUAGACCUAAAAGACAUUUUGCUGCUACCACAAACAGUGCGGCCAAAACUUUCCAAGGUGUAGACAUAGUUCCUAGUGGCGUCAUGUAUGUUUCCGUGGAUGGAAAUGGCAUUUCUUCAGAAAUUAACCAUGUAGCGAAGAAUAUACCUGCUUCCGGAUUAAAUCAUCCAGUGAAGAGUAUUGGAACACUGGGCCUUACAUUUGAGCAUUGCAACCAAAGAAGAACAUUGGGUAGGGAUGCUCAAAAUCUCCUUGAUUAUUUUAAGAAGAUGCAGGCAGAGAAUCAUGGAUUUUACUAUGCUAUACAACUUGAUGAAGAGAACCGCAUGGCUAAUGCAUUCUGGGCAGACUCUAGGUCAAGGAGAGCUUACAGUCAUUUUGGAGAUGCAGUUGUUCUGGAUACAACGUACAGGAUGAAUCAAUUUAGAGUACCAUUUGCUCCAUUUACAGGGGUGAACCAUCAUGGUCAAACUAUUUUAUUUGGUUGUACGCUACUUUUUGAUGAAUCUGAAGCUACAUAUGUGUGGCUAUUUAAAACGUUUCUGGCUGCCAUGAAUGAUCAUGCGCCUGUCUCCCUGACCACAGAUAUGGACAGAGCCGUGCAGGCUGCAGUUACACAGGUUUUUCCUGAAACUCGCCAUUGUAUAAACAAAUGGGACGUGCUAAGAGAAGGCCAUGAUAGAAUGGCUCAUGUAUGUCGUGAUCAUCCUAACUUUGAGGUGGAGCUCUAUAACUGCAUCAACAUGACAGAGACCAUUGAGGAAUUUGAGUCUUUUUGGCUAUCAAUGCUUGACAAGUAUGAUCUGAAGAGAAAUGACUGGCUUCAGUCCAUAUAUAAUUCCCGCAAGCAAUGGGUGCCUGUUUAUUGUCGAGACUCCUUCUUUGCUGCCAUUUCCCCCAGUCCUGGAUUUCUGAGCUCCUUUUUUGAUGGCUAUGUGAAUCAGCAAACUACUUUGCCAAUGUUCUUUAGACAAUAUGAAAGAGUUGUAGAGAACUCAUUUGAGAGGGAAGUAGAAGCUGAUUUUGAUACAGUAUGCACCACUCCAGUGCUGAAGACACCUUCCCCUAUGGAAAAUCAGGCUGCUAGCAUGUAUACAAAGAGAAUAUUCUUGAAAUUUCAAGAGGAAUUAGUAGAGACAUUUGUGUAUACUGCAAAUAGAAUUGAUGGAGAUGGGAAUAGUAGUACAUUCAGGGUUGCUAAAUUUGAGGAUGUCACAAAAGUAUAUUUCGUCAAACUGAAUAUAGUGGAAAUGAAAGCUAAUUGUAGCUGUAAGAUGUUUGAGUAUUCCGGCAUACUGUGCAGACAUGUGUUAACAGUAUUUACUGUAACAAAUGUACUUACCUUACCAUCUCACUACAUCUUAAAGCGGUGGACCAGAAAUGCUAAAAGCAUCAUUGUAGCCGAUGAACAAUGUGAUCUGCAGGGAUCUCUGAUGACAAGAUAUAACAAUUUAUGCAAGGAAGCAAUUAGAUUCGCUGAAGAAGGGGCUAUAUCGCUGGAGACAUACAGAGCAUCACUUCUUAGUCUUAGAGAAGGAGGGAUAAAGGUUGCUGGUGUUAAAAAAAAUGUAGCAAAAGCUGCACCUUCUAGCUCACAGGUUGGUGGAGUUACUAAUGAUGAUUGUAGAACAUCAAUAACAAACCUUGAAAUGACCCCUCUACUUUGGCCACACCAAGAUGAUAUUUUUCGACGCUGUAGUCUUAAUGAUACUGCUGUUCCUAGCCAUUCAGAUCUGAGUGUCCCACGCAUGGCACCAGCUUUUCUUAACCGCGAUGGUGGUCACUCCGAAAACAUGAUGAUUCUUCCUUGUCUUAAGUCAAUGACUUGGGUAAUGGAGAACAAGAACUCAACUCCAGCUAAUAAGGUAGCUGUAAUUAACCUGAAGUUACAAGACUACGCCAAGACUCCAACAGGAGAAUCAGAGGUAAAGUUCACACUAUCAAGGGUGACUUUGGAGCCCACGUUAAGGUCCAUGGCCUACAUCAGCGAACAGCUUUCAACUGCCAAUAAGGUUGCUGUCAUCAAUUUAAAGCUUCAAGACACAGAGACAACCUCGGGAGAAUCAGAAGUGAAGUUUCAGGUUUCUAAGGAUACUUUAGGUGCCAUGUUGAGAUCAAUGGCCUAUAUUCGAGAACAGCUUUCAAGCGCAGUAAGGAUUAUUGACAUAUGCUGGAAAAACAUUCUUUUUUCUUGUAAAAUCUUAUGAUUACCUUAUCAAAGAAGUUAUCUGUUUUAUUUGACAUUAGUUCCUCUUAUGUCACUUGGUAGAAGUUAGUCUAACAAGAAUCUGUUGGUAAAGAUGGCAAAUUCGCCCUAUAACCUUUAGAUGGGGAAUAACUUAGCAUCUGAGCUUUUAAUAUCAUAAGUUGCAAAAUACCACGGUUUGGCACAAAAUUACUUAUUGUACUUGCAAUGUGCAACAUUUUCAGACUACCUAUAUUUCCCUUGUUAAAUUCUCAAACUGCUACAAAUGUCGUAUUGCUUUCAUCCAGUGAUUCUCAUAUUUCCUUUGCAACAGAUUGUAUAUUUUUUUUAUCAUCAUCAGUCCCGCCUUUUAACAGCAACCUUUAUCUGGCUGAUGUGUUAAUGUCAUUGCAGAUCGAGCCCAAGCAAGAUAAUCUAACAAAAAGACCACGGAAGUAGGUGUCUUCUGGUGCCACACAUUCACACAAGAAAUUUUAGGUGCGACUCAUCUUAGGUUCUUCUCUGAACAUUCCUUUCUCUGACUUCACCCCGGAUGCUCUCAUCUUGUGGGUAGUUUAGUUCCAAUAUAAUCUUGUUUGGUAUCUCCUACUUGUGAAUGUGAUUUUUCUUUCAGUAGAGCAGAAUGUUUAUUUUCUCUCUCAUUUUUGUUUGAUAGUUAUGUCCCAUAUUGGAUGACACACAGAUGAGAUGAUGACCCUUUGUACAUUUAUUUAGAUGGUUUUGUAGAGCUAGCAAGCUAUUGAUGUAAAAUGGGAUUUUCUAGUGCAACUUUGUACCCAUAUUAUGUUUGUGGAAUAAGAAAAUUUUUGCAUACCGAA